AUGGAGCUUCGCAGCGGUCGCAACGGCGACAGUGCAACUUCGGCUCCUGCUGGCGGCACUUCAUCUACACAACCGUUUCCACCUGCAGCCCCGACCUACGUCGCCGUUUCCCCCUCUCGGAAUCCUGGUGUUUUCAACGGAGUCCGCAGUCCUGAUGUUGGCGACUGGCUCCGCUUAUACGACGUAUCAGCACCAGCCACAGGCCCAGCAGACCUUCCCUUUGGAGAGCUCGAGUCGGAGAUCAAGGAAUCUCAAAGACCCUUGCGUGGGGACCUCGUGGGUAACAGCAAGCGGCUGAAGCGCAUGACUAAAGCAUCCACUAAAUACGCCCGCGACGUGAUCGCACACGUCGACCACGCGCGCCAGCUCGCCCGCACCCGUCUCGAGGCCUCGCAGGAGCAUCAGAGACGCCUCUAUGAUUGCCACCAUCGCGACGUGCACUUUGCUCCGGGUUCUCUGGCGCUUCUCUGGUCACCCAUUCGACGUGUGGGCCUUUCUGAAAAGCUGCUGUCGCGCUGCACUGGCCCAUACCAUGUGGUGCGACAAGUGACCGAUGUCGCGUAUGAAGUCGUCCCCGCCGACCUGUCAGCGUCAUCGUCGGCUAUUAAGCACCGGGACGGUGCUUCUACAGCCGCGGGUGAUGCUACGAAACAGCCACCACAGUGUGGCUGCACUGAAGAGGAGGAAGACGACGUGGACCCGCUUGAUAUAGCGUCGCCAUUGUGGCCUUCCCUUUAUCUCCAGCGACAGCUCACGAGCCCGACAGCUCACCCGCCUGCGGAUCAAGAACCAGCAGAGGCCGGACAGCCGGCAUUACAAUCUGCGACGAAGGUUCUGCUGCUUGGCUUCGCCGAUGAAAACGAUACAUGCUACAACCACACCCGCUGGCCAGUAUCAGCCGAUACAACUUUCACCGAUCCCCCUGUCCAUGACACUGCAAGGCUCGCCCGUCCCCCUGCCGGCCACUUCGGUUGGGGAGUGACGUCAUCCUCAACAACCAGUAUAAGAGCAGAUCCCCAGCGCUUCGACUUCACUGGGCACGGCGGACCACACGGAAAACUGGCUCUGAGCAUGCCUCCCCUUCUGCUUAUCCAGGUUCUGCUGCUUGGCUUCGCCGAUGAAAACGACACGUGCUACAACCACACCCGCUGGCCAGUAUCAGCCGAUACAACUUUCACCGAUCCCCCUGUCCAUGACACUGCAAGGCUCGCCCGUCCCCCUGCCGGCCACUUCGGUUGGGGAGUGACGUCAUCCUCAACAACCAGUAUAAGAGCAGAUCCCCAGCGCUUCGACUUCACUGGGCACGGCGGACCACACGGAAAACUGGCUCUGAGCAUGCCUCCCCUUCUGCUUAUCCAGGUUCUGCUGCUUGGCUUCGCCGAUGAAAACGACACGUGCUACAACCACACCCCCUGGCCAGUAUCAGCCGAUACAACUUUCACCGAUCCCCCUGUCCAUGACACUGCAAGGCUCGCCCGUCCCCCUGCCGGCCACUUCCGUUGGGGAGUGACGUCAUCCUCAACAACCAGUAUAAGAGCAGAUCCCCAGCGCUUCGACUUCACUGGGCACGGCGGACCACACGGAAAACUGGCUCUGAGCAUGCCUCCCCUUCUGCUUAUCCAGGUUCUGCUGCUUGGCUUCGCCGAUGAAAACGACACGUGCUACAACCACACCCGCUGGCCAGUAUCAGCCGAUACAACUUUCACCGAUCCCCCUGUCCAUGACACUGCAAGGCUCGCCCGUCCCCCUGCCGGCCACUUCCGUUGGGGAGUGACGUCAUCCUCAACAACCAGUAUAAGAGCAGAUCCCCAGCGCUUCGACUUCACUGGGCACGGCGGACCACACGGAAAACUGGCUCUAAGCAUGCCUCCCCUUCUGCUUAUCCAGCGAUUUCCGGCCGGCCGAGCCCGCCCAGGCACUACCUUUCUGCGACAUGGACUGCCGGUUUCCCUAACAUCGCCCGACGAACAGCAAUGGCACUCUGCAUGCACCUGUUCUUGGCAUCGACAACUUCUUCGCCUGGCAACCAAGCGCUACUAUCAGCGCUCGUGAUCCGCCUGGUCUACAUAAACUGCCGCCGUCCGGGGGCCAGUUGGGGCAUGCUACCGCAACGAGCGGGGUCUCAAAGAUGCCCAUUCUGCUGCAGGUUAUGCAGAUGGUGACUGCUUAUCAAGACAGAAUCAAUACAACGUGUCCCGUUCCUGAUUACACCGCUUGCAAGGACUGUACGUGCCCGCCCUUCAUCUGCACUACCCUGGAUUUCAAAUCACCACUGGACAUGACAGCGUUGCCUGCGGUUGUUUCUCUCGCUUGCUGGCCAUCAUGGUCACCUUCGGAAGAAAGACUACUAAAGCAGCCGCCGCAGCCAACCAUUCCGGGAUCUGGCGCCGCCACAGCUUCCAGGCACUUACGCUUCGUGUUUCUACAGGUUAUCUAUCUAUCUACGAAACUUCGCCACGUGCACUUGGACCACAACUAGAACACCGAUACCGCGUCACUGCUUCCAUGAUGCCAAUCCUUCGCUGUUUUGGGACGCGUCACUUGAGGCGCCACCUAUUCACGUGACGUCGACGCGUCGGUGUAUAAAGGAGCAGCUCCAGACGUAUACUUUCAGUGGGCACGGCGGACCAUCGACAAGCAUGUGGCUUAAACCGUUCUGCUACCUCGUGCAGGUGCUUGCUCAUGGCCUGGCCGGAUCAACGAUACUACAACUGCCGCAGCCUGACCUGUCUUCAAGAAAUCCAAUCGACCAUCCCUACCUACGAAACUUCGCCACGUGCACUUGGACCCCAACUAGAACACCGAUACCACGUCACUGCUUCCAUGAUGCCAAUCCUUCGCUGUUUUGGGACGCGUCACUUGAGGCGCCACCUAUUCACGUGACGUCGACGCGUCGGUGUAUAAAGGAGCAGCUCCAGACGUAUACUUUCAGUGGGCACGGCGGACCAUCGACAAGCAUGUGGCUUAAACCGUUCUGCUACCUCGUGCAGGUUUUCCUGCUUUGGAUGUUCCCCUUGUAAUUCAGCAAUCUUCGGCCGGCCGACCCCACCCAGGCACUACCUUUCUGCGACGCGGACUGCCGGUUUCCUGAACACCGCCCGACGAACGUACCUGGUCUUGGCAUCGACAACUUCUUCGCCUGGCAACCGAGCGCUCUUGGCAUCGACAACUAUUCCGCCUGGCGACCGAGCGCUACUAUCAGCGCGCGUGAUCCGCCUGGUCUACAUAAACGGCCGCAGUCUGGAGGCCAGUUAGGGCACGCUACCACAACGAGCAGGGUCUCAAAGAUGCCUAUUCUGCUGCAGGUUAGUUAGCUCCCGAACGCGAAAUGCAUUCGAUGUAAUGAUACUUUCUUAUUUGCGGUGUCGUGCCCCCUGGACGCCCUUGACGAUUGGCGGGUUCUGUUAGGCCUGACGCUUUGUUCUUUUUGUAUCAAUGGCCAUCAAGUUUUUCUUUUACUUCUUUUGUCUGGCGACAUUGAAUUGAACCCUGGACCCCCAACUCUUCAGUCUAUAUCAGAGGCCAUUGCCCGAAUGGAGCUCUCGCAAAACACCAUACUG